GAACCGAUGGGGCCACCGCAGGGGCCGCAUGCUCCAGGCCGGCACCAGCCAGCCGAUGCGCAUCGCUGACUGCGCGGGCGCCUCCCCCGCCCCGAUUUCUAAUAAAAUCGCUGGUACUGCAAAGUUUUGGAAGCAGGGCAAUUGUCUGAUCACAAAGUAACAAGUCUUGUUCAAUGUUCAGUACUCUGGCACAAAUACGGAGAGCUAGACGGCACGCGCAAGGAAUCAGAGGCAUCGCGCGGGGAAUGGGCGACGAGGCGAGGGCGCGGCGGCUGGCCGCCAUCGCGAGGAAGUGGCUGGAGGACCCCGCGUCGGGUACUCCGGCGAUCUCAGCCGCGCCGGCAGCGAGCGAAGAGCUCAGCUCCCUGGUGAUGGCCGGCGCGCGCGUCUCCCUCGCCGAGCGCGGCCGCGUGGUCUGCUCGCUCCGCGUGCGCGCCGCGCUCACGGACGCGCAGGGGAGGUGGCACGCCGGGGCGAUUGCGGCGGCGGUGGACAACAUGUGCUCGGCGGUGGCGUUCACGGUGGAGGGCGCGCCCACGGCCACCGUCCUGUACAGCCUGUCCCACUUCUCGCCGGCCCAUCCCGACGUGCGUGCGCGCGCGCGGCCUGUCCGAUCGACAGUAACGCGACACCAGAUCUUCCGUUUUCUACCCUCUCCCUUCAUUCUGCGUCACCUGUUCCGGCCUCAAUCGCAGGAGGAAGUCGAGAUGGAGGGGCGAGUGGUGAACCGGAAGGGGAAGCUGACGUCUGCGGCGGUGGAGGUGCGCAAGAAAGAGUCCGGCGAGCUGAUUGCAAUCGGGAGGCAGUGGAUUACACGAAUUACACCUGCCUGGGCAACCAAGAGCAACAAAAGCAGCAAGCUCUGAACAAAUGUGAACAUCUCUGAACAUGUCAGUUCACAAGCAGCAACUCUUAUCUUGGUUAUCCGAUAUUGUAAGUCGUUUUGGCAAAUUUAGAUACAUAAAAUUUUGUUGUGCACCUAAAUAAACCUUAUAUCUAGAUGCCUGAUAAAAUUAUACAUCUAAAUUUGCUAAAA